CGACGGUGAGGUCACCGACCAGACUGAGAGACUGGAGCAAGAGAGCUUGGCAAUUGGACCCAACAUGGAGGGGUACGGCUACGAACACUUUGGGGUGGAUGGAGAGCGGAACAGCCACCAGAUGGACUACCGGAGGAUCGUAGGGGACACAGAGCUACCCCGUCCCAGCUCCAACCCCUCACCCCAAGAUGCGGAGCACCUUUUCCGCCUCAGCCCCCAUGGGCAUGGGCAUGGGCAUGAGACGGCUGCCCAGCGAUACAGCGCCACCCGCAUCCAGGCUGGCUUUGGCCCUGAGAGCAUGGCUGAUUACCUGAUCAGUGGUGGUACGGGCUAUGUCCCAGAAGACGGACUCUCCGCACAACAGCUUUUCUCCGUUGGAGACGGCCUCACCUACAACGACUUCCUGAUUCUGCCGGGCUUCAUUGAUUUUGCCUCGGACGAUGUGGACCUGACCUCUGCCCUGACCAGGAAGAUCACCCUGAAGACGCCUCUCAUCUCCUCCCCCAUGGACACAGUCACAGAGUCAUCGAUGGCCAUCGCCAUGGCGCUCAUGGGAGGCAUCGGCCUCAUCCAUCACAACUGCACCCCUGAAUUCCAAGCCAACGAGGUCCGCAAGGUUAAGAGGUUUGAGCAGGGCUUCAUCACAGACCCUCUUGUAAUGAGCCCGCGUCACACGGUGGGGGACGUGUUCGAGGCCAAGACUCGCCACGGCUUCUCUGGCAUCCCCGUCACCGAGACUGGCAAGAUGGGCAGCAAGCUGGUGGGCAUCAUCACCUCCAGAGACAUCGACUUCCUCUCCGAGAAGGACCACAGCCGACCACUGGAGGAGGUCAUGACUAAGAGGGAGGAGCUAGUGGUGGCCCCAGCUGGUGUCAAGCUGAAAGAGGCUAACGACAUUCUACAGCGAAGCAAAAAAGGUAAGCUGCCCAUCGUGAACGACAGUGAUGAGCUGGUGUCCAUCAUCGCCAGGACAGACUUGAAGAAGAACAGGGACUACCCCCUGGCCUCCAAAGACUCUCGCAAACAGCUGCUGUGCGGAGCCGCCAUCGGCACCAGGGACGACGACAAGUACAGACUGGACCUACUGAUGCAGGCUGGGGUCGACGUGGUCGUACUGGAUUCCUCACAAGGCAACUCUGUGUAUCAGGUCAACAUGAUCAACUACAUCAAACAGAAGUACAGCGAGCUGCAGGUGGUGGGAGGGAACGUGGUGACGGCAGCCCAGGCCAAGAACCUGAUUGAUGCAGGAGUGGACGCUCUGCGAGUGGGCAUGGGCUGUGGCUCCAUCUGUAUCACCCAGGAAGUGAUGGCGUGCGGGCGGCCUCAGGGCACCUCGGUGUAUAAGGUGGCAGAGUAUGCUAGACGUUUCGGGGUGCCAGUCAUCGCAGACGGCGGCAUUCAGACCGUGGGCCACGUGGUCAAGGCUCUCUCACUCGGGGCCUCCACAGGUACCUUUCAUUCACUUGUUAAUUCAUGCGUUCACUCUUUCAUAGUCAUGCAUUCAUUACCAUUCACUCUUCUGUUGUCACUUAUUCACCCAUUCAUUCAUUCAUUGAGUGAAGGGGACAAGGUGAAGGUGGCUCAGGGUGUGUCCGGCUCUGUUCAGGACAAGGGCUCCAUCCACAAGUUUAUCCCCUACCUGAUCGCUGGCAUCCAACAUGGCUGUCAGGACAUUGGUGCCAAGAGUCUCUCUGUUCUACGCUCCAUGAUGUACUCUGGAGAGCUGAAGUUUGAGAAGAGGACCACGUCUGCUCAGGUGGAAGGAGGAGUCCAUGGGCUUCACUCUUACGAGAAACGACUUUACUGAUGGAGGGGCCAGAAAGAAGCGGACUAAGGCUGACCCCGACACCCCCACCCCCGUUGUGACCAAACGUAACCGCCACAUCUGACACCCACCUCAUCACUCUCCCUGCCGACUCCCCACACACCCCACGGGAGAGGUCUGGGGGGAACAUCUGCAAAACAAACACCAUCACCUGGGAAACAGGAUUUUGCACUUACGAAGCGGAACAUCAGGGUUUCCACCAUAACCCCCUCCCAGAAUACCGGUCCCCUUGGUGUGUGUGAGAGCGUGUUGAAGGAAGUAUUUGAUUGUGUGUGUGUGUGUGUGUGAGAGAGAGAGAGAGAGAGAGGGAGUGUGUGUGAGAGAGUGUGUGUGUGAGGACAAACUCAGUGAAGAAGGUGCUGUUUUGCAAUCUUCCUCUUCCUGGUGAAACUGAGAGAGCCAUGCUGUCACCCCUCUGUAUUCUCUGGGAUCUGCUCGUACCUCCACGUCAGAAGCCACAAACAUCCCAAUCAAACUAUAUAUAUAUAUGUGGAAAAACACUUGUCUUGCUACUCUGUGUGCAAGUGUAUUGUGGCAAUCCUCCUUUAUCUAUGUAGUUAGCUCUGUUUAUGCAGAAAGAUGUUAACUGCUUUGAGAAAAGUAGAUUGUUCUGUUAAACUUUUGACUGUGAUUUAACUGACAGACUCAUUGGCUGGGACUCUAGACUAGGUAACAUUCCCUCGCCGUAGUGGCCAUGUCAUACCCCCCUUAGUCGACGUGAACCAAUAAACUAGUGGCCUAUCACAAUGCUUCUAGUGUGUUGAGAGCACGGUUGGGGCCAAAAGAUAGACAUCGGCCAUAGAUCAAGGAACGUUUUUAAAACCACAGUGCCGGUAAACAAUGGGUAAUACGAUAAUCUUUUAGACUGGAAUGAAACGAGUUUAGAGAAAAUGGUUUGAUUUAAAAGCUGUAAAGCAGGGUUCCCCAACUGGCAUCCCCCGUGCCAAAUUUGACCCACGUGGUUUCAUUUGCCCCCCCCCCCCCAAGUAAAUAAAUAAAUGAUUAUUAUGCUUGGAACAAAAGGGUGUAAGAACACCAGUUAAUCAGAACCAAGUGAUUUUAAUUUUGGAUAUCUGUUCCCAAGUAUUCCUACAGAUAAUACAGAGAUGUCAUCGUAUACAAAAUGUAAGCAAGGUUUGAAAUGAUUGUUUAAGUUAUAUUAUAUCUGUUUGGACCUCCUGCGGUCAAUUUGCAGUCUACAAAUGAUUUGUAAUUAUGUUCCGGCCCCUGCCCAUCCACCCAAGAAAUCGUCCCGUGGUUGAAUCUGGUUGACGAUCUCUGCUGAAGAAAGUCCCAGUGGCUCGAAGGAGCAUGAAGGGUUUUGAUAUGUAUGCUUUUUAGUUUUUUAAAGCCUCAACACGGCUCUAUUUAUAUUCCGCUUUUUUCUAAUUCCGUACAUACUGCCAAAUGUAUCAACAUGCUCUCUGUGACACUUUGGUGUUAUUAAUACUAAAAGCCCAAAUUUAAAGCUAUGAAUCGUCAGCAAUGUAGUCCCUCGCUCCACCCCUGUCCCAGAUUGUGGCACCAAUUGCUAGCAGCUUUGACCUGCUCUGAUUACCAGAGAUAUGCCUUGAAAUGGGGGUUGAUGAUGACCGCACACGACGGAAAGUCUUAAAUUCCCGUGAGAACUGUGUAUGUGCAUGGCGCUAUACAUCCUCCUCACCCCCUUUCUCACUGAGAUACCGUAUCUAUAUCAUUCAGCUUGUGUAGGAAUAGAUUUUUCUAACGUUUUUCGUAAACAAUGUUCUUUUUGCCAGAUGUUUUUUUCAGAAUGUCUCUAAGCUGUAGGGGUGACUUUCUUUCCGUUUUGUGCUAAUGUACUUUGCCCUACCGGGACCUCACUUGACUAACAGUACUCUUACAGUUGACAUGAAUAUUAAGUAAAUAUGUACAUGAAGAUGUAUGGAGAAUUAUAUACCUGUAUCCUGUUUGAAACGGUUGUUUGCAGUCUCCCACCUUUAGUUCUGAAAAUCCCCACUGAAUAUGAAACAGGCCUUGUUUACAAUGGGAUUACAACAGAAACCGGUCACUAACGCUGUAAAACAAUAAAAGUCCAAAUAUGUUGA